AUGAAGAUUUGGGACAUAUCUGCCGGAGAUCCCAGUCUGAACUACUUACGCCCGGAGGACUUCUAUGUGGCGAUGCGCCUGAUCGCGAUGGCGCAGGCCUCUCCAGGGGUGCCGAUCUCUGCAGAGCGGUUAGCGCUGGAACGAACGUCAUCUUUCCCACUCGCAAGGAUGCAGAAUGUCCCCCCUCCGCCAACAGGGUCUGUUUCACAAGGUUUAGCACUUUCGGGCGGCGCGUUAGUUGCGCAUGAACCUCUGGUCGGUGCUGACCCGUAUGCCAUGUCUGGCCAGGAGAGGUCCAAGUAUGAAUCAAUCUUCCCGACGUACGAUUCUGAUCGAGAUGGAUUUGUGACCGGCACGGAGGCGGUAGAUCUCUUCUCCAAGUCCCGCCUUCCGCGCGAGGUGUGUAAAUUACAUGGUUUGGGCCGUUGGUGA